AUGCCUACUCGACCGUGGCGUAUCCCUCUUCCUCCAACACGUCUGCAGAACUCCUCGGAAUCCCCAACAUCACCAGCGUCUCCACUCUCACCACCCUCAUCCACCUCACCUCGUUCACCCAAAGGCCCACUAACAGCACCACCCCGCCUUCAUCUCAGAACCAUUAUCCCCUCUCCACCACUCCCAGUAGAAUAUCUCAAAACGGCCCCAUCAGCACCCUACCCUUGGAUUUGGCGCUGCCAUCUCUGCGGCUCAAUCUAUCGUCUCGGCGCGACGCGCCGCUGUCUAGAAGACGGCCAUUACUUCUGCUCUCUCCCUUCACCACCGCCUUCCCCUGCUGUCCCUACAAGUGAGGAUUUCUUCUCCGUCCUUCACAGCUCGGAACCCUCUUCCAAGACCGGAAAAGAGAUUAUAGCAGACCUGGCCGCGAACAAGAAGCGCAGCAAGAGUCGUCGACGGAAAGGAACUCGAGGUUGUCGCUCCGAGUUUGAUUAUGCGGGUUGGUCCAAAUACAAUAUCUGGCGCCGCGAAGUCGCGGUCUUGAAACGUGAGCAGAAGAAGAAGUUCCUUACCAGGAGCCUGGCGGAGGGGCUGAGAGAGGGAAUAGCUACCAGAGAGAAAGCGGAGAGGAGUUGGAAGGGGAGAGAUUGUUGGAAAGAUUGUGAUUUUCCAUCAGAAUGCCAUAAUGAGAGGAAGGCGGAGAGAGAAUGGGAGAGGCAGAUGAAAGAAAUUAGAGAGUCGGAAGAGAGGUGGGCGAGGGAGAAUGAGUGGAACGAAGAAGGGGAUGCUGGUAGACCGGACUCGGCCAUGGGGUUGGGGGGUGAAGACCUGCUGCUGGAGAGUAUUGAGUUGGAUGGGUUGGAAGAUAAGAAAGCUCCAGGUGAUAUUAGUGAGGAGGUUGUGGAUGGCACGGAGAAUUUGGGUCCACUCGGAACUGAUUGCGAUGGCUUGGGUGAACAAGUUGUUCAAGCGGAGUAUACGACGAAGCGAAGAAAGAGUAUGGAUGCCGCGAUGGCAUCUGACAGUCCACCAAGUAGUCCUUUGAAGGAAUGUAGUUUUGGUUUCGAGAACCCAGCGACUAGAUGUCAGGUUUGGAGUAGUGCCGGAUUGUGUUCUUGUGCCAAGAACGGAGAAGAGGAAGAGUAUUCGAAGGACGAGGAUGGCGAUGUGCAGAUAAAGGAGGUCUCCAUGGCAAAGAGUUUACUUUUGAGAAAGGCGGAGAAGGAUGUUGCGGAUGAGACCUUUGGCGAUGAGGAUGUGGAGGUUCUAUAAAGGUGGAAUAGCUGUGUUUCUUGUCUUGUGUUUAAUAAUUAGAUUUUAUCGCCAUUCUUUGCAUAUCAUAUGGCUUGCCAAUGGUACGCCCGUUUCUCUCAGCUGAAUAGCUGACAUAUGUGAGAUGGUAGCACUUUACAUAGCUAUAGUUCACCGCUGAUCACAUUGCCGCACUCUACUAAAAUGAGAGAAAUAU